GAUAUUGCCAUGGAUUGGUCGGAUCAUGCUUUAUGGUGGCCAGCACGUAAUCAUUGGUUGACAAGAACGAGAAGUACAUUGGACCAGUAUGGUGUUGCUGCAGAUGCAUUAUUACAUUUCACUCCAAUGCACAAAACACUUCGGGUACAAUUACCUGACAUGCGUUCUGUGGAUUGUAGGGUAGAUUUUUCAGUUAAAACAUUUAACGCCGUAAUCAAUCUCUGCAAAGAACUUGGUAUCAGACAUCCUGAAGAAUUGUCAUUUUGUAAACCAUUGGAACCUUCUCAUUUGAAAUACAAUUUAAAAGAUUUACCAACCAAGAAGAAAAUUGAAAAUCAAAAGAACGGUCAUUGGAAUGUACCAGCUGAUACGAAUACCUUUAUCCCAGCAAGUCAAAGUCCCAGAGGAUCAACAGGAAGUCUUGACCAAAGUAGUCCCUUUAUGUGUGCCCCGGUUACACCCAGUAAUAGAAAUCACAGUACACCCAUCAGUUCUCCGGUAUCGAUUCAACAUACCAGUACAUGGAAAAGAAAUAACAAUUCGUCAGGUUUUGGCAGUACCGGAUCUUUCAAUGCAAACAACAGUACGAUGAGUUUGGAAGCAUUGAACGGAGGUUUAUCCGAAUCCCUUGCUCAAAGUCCGGCUUCUAUUUCACCGGAAGUACGCUUGAAAUUAAUCAGGCCAAAAAGUCUCGUAGAAAGGGCAAGAAUGAACGUAGCAUGGUUGGAUUCGUCACUUUCGAUCAUGGAACAGGGUAUACGUGAAUACGACACUCUAAGGCUCAAAUUUAAAUUUUAUUCAUUUUACGACUUAAACCCGAAAACUGACGCUGUCAGAAUAAACAUGAUUUACGAGCAAGCCAAAUGGCAACUUUUAGCCGAAGAAAUUGACUGUACUGAAGAAGAAAUGCUCAUGUUCGCUGCUCUUCAGGUGCAAGUAAAUCUACAAGCUACCAUGCCACAAACAAAUUACGAUAGCAAUGGUGCAUCAUCUCCCGUAGAAGAUGACAUAGAUGCAGCAUUAACGGAUCUUCAGGUUACCCUCGAGGGUAGUAAUAUCAAUAACGGUCCGAGUGAUAUCACGCAAGUGCCAGAACUUUGCGAUUACUUGCGUUUUUUCAAACCAAAACGUUUCACAUUGAAGGCGUUCAAGCGAUACUGGUUUACGUGCAGGGAUUUACAAUUGAGAUUGCAUAAAACACGAGAGGAAACAAAUAGUUCGGAUUCACCUGCAUACGUAAUCAAUUUACGUGGAUGCGAAGUUACACCAGAUGUUCAUCUUUCUCAAGGUCGUUAUGGUAUAAGGUUGGAAGUACCCAGUGCAGAAGGCAUGACCGAAAUGUGGAUCAGAUGCGAUACCGAACAACAAUAUGCAAAGUGGAUGGCUGCUUGUAGAUUGGCAGCGAAAGGUCGUACACUAGCAGAUUCAUCUUACGAAACUGAAGUAAACAGCAUUAUAGCUUUUCUGCAACUUCAAAGACCUGCUCCAGCACCAGCGAUAAAUCCAAACUCGUUGGACAUAACACCGGACGAUUACGUUGCACCGAGAUUCGUAAAGAGGCUUAAAGGAAAGCUGGUUCAAAGGAUUUUAGAGGCUCACGCUAACGUAAAGGAUUUACCUUUGGUCGAAGCCAAACUGAAUUACAUCAAGGCUUGGCAAUCACUUCCGGAAUAUGGUACAUCUCUCUUCGUAGUUAGAUUCACUGGUAAAAGUAAAGAUGAGCUAUUAGGUAUUGCCAAUAACAGGCUUAUGCGAAUGGAACAUAACAGUGGUGAUCAUUUAAAAACAUGGAGGUAUAAUACCAUGAAAGCAUGGAACGUAAAUUGGGAAGUGAAACAUAUGAUGGUACAAUUUGAAGAAGAAAAUAUUAUAUUCGAAUGUCAAUCAGCCGAUUGUAAAGUGGUACACGAGUUUAUAGGUGGUUAUAUAUUUUUGUCGAUGCGUUCGAAGGAAGCAAAUCAAACAUUGAACGAAGAAAUGUUUCACAAAUUGACCGGUGGCUGGCUAUGAGAACAAUCUCAUACGAACAACAACAAAAUAUCCUUUUAUAUAUUUAAACGAAUCUUCAUAAUUAUUUUAUGGUUUCUUUGUUUUUCUUCCUUUUUCUCUCUCUCUCUCUACAUAAAUCUUACAAGAAAACAAAUACAUUGGUCGUUGUGAGUGGACGUUAAUAGAAAAAGAAAAAGGGGGAGGGAGAAAGAAGAAAAAGAAAAAUAUUUCUAAACAACAACAAUUAAAAAAUUACAAAAUUAAAAAUACGAUGGGGGUAAACGUGUUGCAAAGUAAAUUUUCGUAUAUUUAAAAUAAUGCUUUAGAUGUGUAAAUAGAAAUAAUACGAGUUUAAAAAUCGUCCAAAUGAUGGUUGAUGAUGAUGAUGAUGGUGAUGAUGAUAAUGAUGAUGAUGAUGAUGGAAUGCCUUUAUGAAUAGAAUGCAACUGAUCGUUUUAUAUAUAUAUAGAUCUUUUAUCGUCCUUGAACGUUAAUGCAUCAAGAUGAAUAAUUAUGUAAAAUUACGAUCUGUCAAGAGAUUAGAAUUAAUUAACAACGCGAAUUUAAGUUAGACGCAUCAUAAUACUAUACCAACGUACUAACGUUAUAUAAUAUUCAAUAACGAACGACGAAUCCAUUUUUGUUUUUUGUUUUUAUCUCUGUCAACAAGACAACACCUGCACGGACGAUUAAAAGUUAAAAAAAGGAAUAGGAAAAUGAUCGAAAUAAGUUUCUACUUAUUAUUUUGUCUUUAGAUACAACAACAAAAUCUAUAAAGAUAAUUUGUUUAUGCUUUUCAUUUGGUAGUGAAACAAAAAUGCAUAAGUUUCGACUAGACGCUUGUUGGAAAAAACGAUCUUGUAAAUUAAUAUUAAUAAUAAUACUAAUACUAGUAAUAAUAAUAAUAAUAAUAAUAA